AUGGUCCUGUCUCGUCGCUCUCAAGGCUCCUGCCUCGUACCCAACUCUACGUUCGGGCCGGCAACCGUGCCUAGUCUUGUUGCUCCCUUUGGAGAUAUUGUCCGGACUCCCAAGUCCCCCGGGACGCGAUGCCCGACCUGUGCUCUUGACGGCAAGGAAGUGUGGGUGAUUCCUGGCCGGUGUUGCGGAUACUGCGGGACCCCUUGUGACGAGGAUGGUCAUGAGCACGAGCACGAGCACGACGACUAA